AUGGUUGGUGGCAAGGCGUCGUCGGUGCAGGCCAUUACGCCUGAGGAGCCUAGUAGGUUGUCAGGGGUGGAGAGUGGAGGGGGCGAGUUGGUGAUGGUUAUAAAGGACGGUGGGGUUUUGGUAGAGGAGGAGCGGGAGCAGGGGGGGCCGGAGCAGGGGGUUCGGAAGUCAUUGGGGGUUUUGGAGGAGGCGCCGGGGGUCGUUUGCGAGCGUGAGGGUAAUCUGAGGAAUAACGACGGCGCUGACGCUUGCAGUAGCACCAAGGAAGAGAUGGAUCUGGAACCGUCGUUGGCGAAUACGCGGGAGUUGAAGUUGCAGAUUACUAGGAUCAUCAACCAGUUUAAGAGCGGGGAGCCUGAGGAGGUUAAUAAAGAGGAGGUGCUGUGUGUGUUAAACAAGUCUCUGACGGCGAUUUCGCAUUGGUCCUUGCAGGCACAGUUAUCACAGCUUUCACAGAGUAAAAGCGUGUGGGACUCGCGACUGAUGGUGGAGAAUAAUCUGAUCAAAAAGGAGGCAGAGUUCUUUAAGAACAGGCUGGAGCAGAAGACUUCUGCAGCGGCGCCGGCGCCGCUGCUUUCGUCUAUGUCCGUGAAGAGGGUUUCCAUGCUGGGAGCAAAUCAAACGAAAAAGAAGUCUACGCUGUUGACGUCUCCAAAGUCGUUUAAGUUGGUGGAGAAUACAAAACCACAUCCCCGUAUGAGGCGUAAGCCGGACAACCCUUCCAAGAGUGGGUUUGUGAGGGUGUUCCACCUGGAAAGACUGUAG